CAGUUUGGUUCCUUCUCGACAACUUCACUGCUCGACUCUCGGCAGCCGAAACAUUUCCUGUUUGUGCGCUCAAGGGUUUCCCAAAUCUCUUCAGACGAAAAGUCUGAGGAAAAAUAUCUGGAAUAAUCUUCGUUUGAGUUUUGUGAUGAUGGACUCACGGGUUUUUGUCGCAGCUCUCCUGCUUGUCUCCGGUUUGACGACGGUUUUCGCUCAGUCUUCAACACCUGGACAAGUGUGUGAGACGAAAAAUGGGACAAGCUGUGAGGAGUGUUUGAAAAAUGUGACGUGCUUGUGGUGUAUCCCAACUAAGUCAUGUGUAACAUAUCCAGUGAGGACCAUCCUGCCUCCUCAUUCACUCUGUCCACUGAACGACGCACGCUGGGGGCUCUGCUGGAUGAACUUCCAGACAUUGAUAAUCACCAUGGCGGUGAUUGGAGGAAUCAUCAUCAUCGCCCUCCUGAUCUGCCUGUUCCGCUGCUGCAAGUGUGAGAACUUCGGAUCCAAAAGGUUUGAGGCCAAGAUGCAGAGACAGGCCGAUAAGACGAAAACCAAGCAGGAGGAAAGGAGAGCAGAAAUGAAACAGAGACAUGACGAAAUCAGGAAGAAAUAUGGUCUAAGUGGGCAAAAUCCGUACUCUAAAUUUGCAUGAGAGGACCUGAGAUUUACACCAUAACCCUUCUGUUUUUCCCUGAACUUUGACCUCACACACCUAAAAAAAAACUGUCCUGUGGUGGUGAGAAAAGCAUGAGAAUUAAUGUAAACUAUAACUAAGACUAUUUCAGAGAGGUAGCAAUUGUUUUUGCAGUCUUGUCUGUGAACGGGAAUGUUUUAUUCAAUGUGAUGAACGUAGAGACCGAAACAAAAGCUAGAAUAGAUAAAUGUGCCAGCAUUGUUCUUCAAGACUAUAAUAGUCUUUCCUGUGUCUUUGUAGCAUCAGUCUACUUAAAAUGUUUAUUAGGUUAAGUCUUAGGUUGAUUUGUACAGAAUGAAAAAAUCCACUUAAUACUUUUGUUUUUGCUCAAUAAAACCUGUUUCAUCUGCAUAUUUUCAUUUGUUUUGCUCCUCUGAGUUGCUGCUGAUUUAUAGAUGUACUUAAAAAAUAAUAACCUAUUUUUGUACUUUGUAUGAUUUCUAAUCUUGUUUCAAAUGGACUCAUUUCUAUUCUGACAUGUAGGAGGCCGUAUUUAUUGUGUUACUGCUGUACGUUCCACUGACAUGAAUGUUUUUAGGUUAGGUUUUAGGUUUGGUCGAAAUUAAAUCUUCACCCUUGCAUCCAGAAUUUAUAAAGUAAUAAUCAACUUGAAUGUGUUGAUCCUAAAGUUGAAUUGAAGUCUGCCUAAUUCCAAGUUUGACUGUAUAUCCUGUAGAGACAUGCAAGCCAAAUAAAAAACUUUGGACAAAUAA